AACUGUGAGGCAGUGCCUGCAACUCACAUUCCCCCCAAAUAGGAUGUUAAAUUGAACUGAACUGAACUGGAUUGGAUCUGAAUUGUAUCAAUCAAGCCUAAUGAUAUCUGACCAGAAGUGAAAUCCCCUGCUGAAACAAAACAAAACAAAACAAACAAUAGAAACCCUCAUAGAAUUUGUAAUAGUUUUAAUGGUUAUAAUGGGAAUUGUAUUGGGGUUGGUUGGGGUUUUUUUGGAACUAUAAUGGUCCCUAUGGGUCUCUACUGGUAAUUUGUUGCCUUCUAUUCGUGGCAUGUUAUGUUUAGUGGAUACCAUUAAGGACCAAUAAUGGUAAUGGUUUUAAUGGUAUUUGUACUGAAAUCCAUUAGAGUUUCUGUCAUGGUUAAUAUUGGGUUUUUUUUUCCCCAGCAGGGCAAUAUGUAUGAAAUCUUUACUUUCUUUCACUGUAUUGUUUUUUUUGUAUCGUAUCGUGGGAGAUUCUUCUUCUUUUUCUUUCUUCUUCUUCUUGUUGUUUUUAAUGGCGGUUGGCAAACCACUAAAGGUGCAUUACCGCCACCUACUGGACUGGAGUGUGGGCAGUAGAUUGGCAGGAAAAUAAAUAAAUAAAUAAUAGUAAUAAAUAAAUAAAUAAAUAAAUAAAUAAAAUAAUAAUAGUGAUAAUAAUAAUACUAAAAUUAAAUAGAAAAAAGGGAGAUUAACACCAGUUUCCUUUAAAGCUGUGUGAAUCUGGGGAUACAUUUACUGCAGUUUUCAGACCUCGGAUUUCCAAAUCAUCUAUACCGGAAGUGGUGCAAGUGCUUAUGUACACAUCCUCAGCACUCGCGCUUCAGGUGUAGCAUGAUGCUAAAGCGCGACACUAGAAAACAGUUCUGACGUCAUUUUAAUGUUUACGUUUUUAUCUAAUCGCGAUCUAGAGAUGUCUGUCCUGCUAUCAAACGAGCGUGGUUGGCUGUUGGACGCAUGUUCUUUCAUUAACGAAGGAUUUCGGCGGUGCUACAGCUUAAACAAGGGUUACUUCCGGUGCUGUUUCAAGAAGCAGUACUUUGAUAUACUGAAGCCUCAUAUAGUGAGUAAGUCCAGGAGUGCUUGUAUGAUGGGUGCUGUACCAAACACAGAGAGCCAUGCGGCUGAGGAUAACAAAAUCGAGCUAAAGACACGAAAGAAAAGGAAGCGUAAACGAAGUGAGAUGAAUCAAGGGGAGUUAGAUGCUGAAGUAUACCAUAAAAAGGUCAGGUGGUUGGUUCUGGAGGGCACUCGGUCUCUUCUGGAAACUGGGCAUCACUGUGGUUAUCUGACAGAAGAUUUACAUACAGUGCCAGCUAAACAAAUGCCUGGUCAUGAAUGCCAGAUGGCUGCACUAUGUGACAUGGCCAAGCAGCUGCCUAAAAUGGAGAAUUCUGAUGCCCCACAUGUGCAGGCUGUUAAUGGCCAUCCAGAUAUGGAUGCACACCUUGACCUGUUCUCAUGCCUCACAGAAAACCCAGAUGACAUUGCCCGCGAGGUAACGCUAAUGGGGGAGACGUAUUUCCUGCCUCCUCGCAGCCGUUUCUUGUUGUCUGACAUCACACGUUUACAACCCCUUAUCCGCAGCGAAGACAAAUAUGACCUAAUAGUUCUUGAUCCACCCUGGGAAAAUAAAUCUGUGAAAAGAAGCAGUAGGUACAGUUUUCUGCCAUCCUCUCAGCUCAAACAACUUCCUGUGCCAGUGUUGAGUGCAGCAGGAUGUGUGGUUGUUAUUUGGGUAACCAACCGUCCCCGCCAUCUCCGGUUCGUCAAGGAGGAACUUUAUCCUCACUGGGGAGUGAAGCUGCUUGCAGAGUGGCUCUGGGUGAAGGUGACCCGGAAAGGGGAGGUAGUUUUCCCCCUGGAUUCUCCACACAAGAAGCCUUACGAAGUGUUAUUACUUGGAAGGUUCUCUGCUAACAGCUACAGCACAACUGGAGCUGAAGCGUGUGAGAUCCCAGAUCAACGGCUCAUAAUUAGCAUUCCCUCAGCACUGCACUCUCAGAAGCCGGCUCUAUCAGGGGUGCACAAGUUGCAUGGAGCUACGCGUGUCGACUGAAAAAAAGAAAUACUCAUGAACGAAGAGGCAGCAAAUAUGGGUUUUCAUGAACAUGCUCCAUAUUAAACAGACAAACUAUAUUAUAAUAUUCGUAACAUUUCCUAUGGUCAGGGUUGCAGGUGUAACAUUAAAUAAUGGAAUAGUUUGAGAAUGCAGAUUGCAAAUAAUACACCCUUUCAGACAUGAAAUAAAUAUUUUUAAAACAUAAUGUAUUAUGCAUGCUUUUCUCACUAAUGAACUGAUAAAAAAAAAAAAAGAGAGAUGUUUUGUAUUACGGUCUCUUCUGCACCCUCUCAUUCUUACUCUCUCUGCCUCCAUCUGACUGUCUACAAGUUUAUUUCCCUCCACAAUGCCAUGAUGUAGGGCUCAGUGGGUUGACCUUCACAGAGGCAGAACUUAUUCACAGUCAUUUUCUGAAGCCUUUUAUAAAUCCCAAACCCCCAACCCCCCGCUCCCUGGACUGCUGUCAAUUACCUGCAACAUUUUUCAUUUAAAAAAAGUGCAAAUUCCCUUUACAAUUUUCCACACUUAUACACAACAUACUUUAUAUACCUACUUGUGUCAGGCAUU